CGCGUUGCUGGUGUUGGGUGAGGUGCGAAGGAGAGACGCCCUGGCGUGCAUGAGGCUGCGGGUUGGCUAGUUUAUAUGGGGUGUUAUGUUGCGCCAGGCCGUUGCGUAAAUGAAUUAAUCUUAAUUUAAAAACCUUGUGAAGCCAUGGACAUGCAUCUUGACGCCAGGAUAGUAAGCUGUCAACGCCUUUUGCACAGUCGCCGGUUUACUUGCAGUUGGCUGGAUUGGUCGACGGUUGGCGUUUGUGUUGAAAAAAUACUCCGUCUCGUACUUGGUCUUUCAACCAACCAAACGUGAUAGCCUGUGAACAGAAAGAAGAUGGUUAGAAGUGAGGAGGUCCCUUGCAUGGCUGGUUACUAUCGAAUUACGUCUGCUCUCCAAUCUCGCUCUCUGGUAUGUGUUGAUAGCUCAUAACCAUAUAAUUGCGUACUUGUUCCUUCGUAUUUCGUCUGUCCCAGGCCGGUCACUGUCCAUUCUCUAUCCGUGCAUGUGCCCUCUUGAUCUGCGACUCGAUCAAAUGUAAUAAAGAGCAAGCUUGUGUUUCUCCUUGGCUGAUAUUUCCCAAUGAAGCGUCAACUCUGGCAUACGGACUGGCUAAAACCAGCACCUAGAUGAUUGUUGACAUAGACUGGGUCGGAGUAAGCCUGGCCAGCGUUGCCCUGGCUAUUAUAUCCUAUGCCACUGCGUAAGUUUGUAUUCUUUGGUGCCAAAAACUAUAGUAUCUCCUUCUGAUAAGCCACGCGGAGUUGUCACAGGCAGUAUAUUGCGAUCCCUCACUCCUUGUACCAUCCUGAGUACUGUUCACCUUCUUCGUGAAAUGGGUAGGUGUCGAGGAACGUUUUAGCGGCUCGCACUUAUCAACAUCGCGGUGACUCCGACAGUAUAUCAGGCACAAGCAAAUUGCAUCAUAACAGCCACCCCAUCCUUAGUUCUGCUGCGCCCAUAAUCAUGGCCGUAACUAAACCCAGCUGGACCUACGGUGCCAGUGCGUUCCUUGAUGACUUCCUCAAUCCUGUCAGAGCUGAUGAGAUAUUCACCGCAUCGACACUGUUGACCACCUCCGUGUUCCUGCCCAAGACCCAGUGGUUGGCAGGCCGGGUUUACAACACCGUCUCUGAGACAGGGAAAAAUUUUGUCCCGGCACUCACUGCGCUCAUUGCAAGCAAAGUGACCCAGGAUUCUCGCGUGAGAGACAAACUCAGCCUUGAUGCUUUGUUGGUAGGGUAUCAGGCAGCCUUUUGGUUUGCGUGGCAAUCAUUACGAUGAGCCUGGACAUUAGCACAUGAGAGCUGAGAAGGAUCAGAAAGUUGGGCAAGAGAAUAGAGUAAGACCGGGAUAUUAGUAUUGACAGAGGUAGAUCUCGUAGAAUAUAGUGUUGUUGGAUGUCUGAAUGUACGGGAAAUCUGCCCCCAGCUCAUAAGCUGAUAUUUCUUUCGACACGUAGCCAGGCCAAUCGAACUGUCACCCAAAAAACCUAUGCAGACUCCUCUAGAAGAAAUCGGAUCCUGCUAACAAUUAAAAUACACAAGUUUCGCAUCGUAUAACGACCAAUGGAGCAUAAUGACGAUUGCACAGGUAGUUGAAUAGAAAGAUCAACGUCUCUUUUCAAUUCACUUCGUCUUUUUCGUUGUUUUUGUUGACGAAAUAAAAUAGAAAGAGUCGUGCUUAUGUAAUCUCUGCCUCCCCCUUUUUCUUUUUUUUAUCUUU